GAAGUAUUAUCAAAAUCUACAAAGAAAGAUGAUCCAGAAACAAAAGUAGUUGCUGUUACUUCAAGUGCAAAAUCACCAAUCACAUGCAAUCAAGGAAAUAGUAACACUAACAACAACAUUAAUAAUAAUAAUAAUAAUAAUUCAAACUGUUCUCUUGUUACUUCAUCAUCUUCAAAAGUAUCUACUGAUUCUACAAAAUCUGCCUCUGUCUCAUCAUCAGUAACAUCUCCAUCUUCGUCUUCAUCUUCAUCUUCAUCAUCAUCCACAUGUUCAACUACAACUUCAGUAUCAUCGACGUCUUUUGCUACAAAAGCAGCAACAGCGAUCCAAUCACCACCAACAUUAUCUUCAUCGUCUUCAUCACCACCUUCAUCUGCAUCAUCUUCAUCUUCAUCUCGAUCUCCGAAUGUUCCAAACCUCGAUUCAAACAGUUGUGAUAUUGAUAAUGAUAAUUCAAGUCAUUUCAAAGUGCCGAAAAGUCCUCUUACUAAAUCAAGUCCGCGCCAAACUAAAAAUAAUAAUAAUAUUGUUAAUAAUAAUAAUAAUAAUAAUAAUAGUAAUAACGAUAACAUAAUGGAAAUAACUCUAAAAGGAAAAUAUUACUAAUAAUCACAAUGAAAAUGUUAAUAAUAAUACCAACAGUAUCUGCAACAACAACAACAACAAAAGCAACUCAAACUCAAACUCAAAUUCGAGUUCAAACUCGAAUUCAAACCACAUGAAUAGUCCUAAAAGUGGUGAAAGUAAAGAUGAUCAUCCAACGAGUUUCGUAAAAGCAGUUUCGUCUUCUUCAUCUAAAGCUGAUCGAAAUUCAAAAGACAAAAGCAAAGUCUCAACAGUUAAAAGUGAAAAAGCAUGUAAUGGAAUUGUCUCUUCAUCGUCAUCGUCAUCACCUCCUUCGUCAACGAAAACAACAACAACAUCGACAAGCAAUUCAAAGCUCAACAAUAAAAUGAAUUCUAAAUCUAGUGGUGAUAAAAAGGAAGAUUCAGAUCGACCAGAUUCUCAUGAAGAAGAUGAAGGUAUUAAUUUGGACGAAUCGAGUCACAGUAAUGGAAAAAAGUUGACCUUUGCUGAAGUUGCUCGUCGUUCUAAAGCAAAAGCGACCGCAGCAAGUGGAGUGGAAAAGUAAUGACCAGAAUUAUUAUGUAUAAGUGGUUUAUGCAUAUUAUGUGUCAUCAUCAAUGAACAUUUUUGAACUUUUUGUUUGUUUGCGUUUUCCAAACAAAUACAAAUCAUGGGAGAAUCGUCAUUCUCCUACAAACUAAAUUACAUUCAUAAUAUUAAUGAAUAUAAUGAAAACAAUACAAUUAAUGCUGAUAAUGAUAAUAAUUAUAAAGAAAAACAAUAAUGAAAG